CACUCAUCACAUGACCCGCGCCACCGUACUCCGGCGUAGGCCAUAUUUGACAGUGGCCCACUAGUUUAGCGACGUGAGUGACGUGAAGAUCGUUCUACGUUCGACGAUCCGUGCGACCGCCGAUCGGCAACCUGUAAAUACACCCGCGAUCGACUUCGAUUGACCAAGAGACCCGACAAAUCGAGCCACGAUGGAGGAAGCAAACGAGCAAGCCCCGAUAUACUCGCCAUUCUUCGGCGUUAUGGGCGCCGCCUCUGCCAUCAUAUUUUCCGCUCUCGGAGCAGCAUAUGGCACGGCGAAGGCCGGUACAGGAAUCGCAGCCAUGUCUGUCAUGAGGCCAGAAUUAAUCAUGAAAUCCAUCAUUCCUGUUGUCAUGGCAGGUAUCAUUGCCAUUUAUGGCCUUGUGGUGGCUGUUCUCAUUGCUGGCAAUCUUGAAAAAGUCCCCAAAUACACCCUGUAUACGGGAUUCACUCACCUGGGUGCCGGUUUGGCCGUAGGCUUCUCCGGUCUAGCUGCCGGUUUUGCCAUUGGUAUUGUCGGCGAUGCCGGUGUGAGAGGCACCGCUCAGCAACCUCGUCUUUUCGUCGGUAUGAUUCUGAUUUUGAUCUUCGCCGAAGUAUUAGGUCUCUACGGUUUGAUCGUGGCCAUCUAUCUAUACACCAAGUAAACGGUCAGUAACGGCAUCCUACUACCUGCCACAUGGCUCCAUGCAAGACAUGUCGCCUGCAACCAACAGCGCUCCCCGACUACUAUUAUGCUACAAAAAAAAAAAAGAUAAUUUGUUUCGACAUUUUACUUAAUCACGUUACUCCAUGCAUACCUAUCUACUUCUUACCAUCUCGGCUCAUCUCUUUGCGCGUUCCUCCUCCCCUGUAAUAUCGUAAACUCAAAAAUCGAUCUAUUUAGCGUCCAAACAUUUGUAACCACACAACGCCAUUACUCAUCACACAAAUCAUAUAAUUAUAUCGACGAUUGAGAAAUGCGUCCGACAUUUUAUUGAUAUCUCGCGACAUCGUUGCAUUUCGACGCUGCGGUAUGCAAAUGUAUAGCAGAAAAAGAUGGAAAGAAAAUGGACGAUGGCUGACAGGGAAAUUCAUUAUUAUAUAUAUAUAUGUAGAGAGAAGAUCUCUCAUGUUAAUUCCACUGUCGAACAUUUCUCUUUCACUGUAUAGUAAUCAUCAUUUGUAGCUUAGUACGACAUUGAAUUACCAGUUAAAGUAAUCGGCUCUACUUGAGUGUAUAAAAGAAACCAUGUUAUUGAUAAAAGAAUAUUUAGCACAAUUAUAUAUAUAAAUAAAUAUAUAUAUAUAUAUAUAUAUUAAAUGCGAUCGCGAAACGGCAGGUACGCGAAUAAGUAUCACGUAAGAAAAUAAAAAAAAAGGGAAAAACUAAAGAAAUGAAAUUAUAUUAUCGGAAUAGGAAUAUGUAAGUGUAGGUGACGCGAAUCGCGCGUGAUAAAACGGCGUAAUAUAAAAAAGAGAGAAAGCGAAAGAAAGAGAGAGUGAGAGAGUGUACUGGACAAGAUCUCGUGUGCGAGAAUAGAGAUUAUUCAGCUAAAAAAAUUAAUAGGAGAAUGAUGGAUCAAACUUUGGUAAAAAAGAAGUAUGAAUGCAAAUAGUAGUUGAUCAACAGGUACACACGAUAGUAUUAAGUCAAUUGAGAGGCUGCUGGACGCGGCGAAAAUUUCGCAUUUUCACGGUUAUUCAUGGACAACGAUACGAUCGAUGCGAUAGAAAUGAAGAAAAAAAAUCCCGUCUAAUCGUCUGCGGAAGCCGCAAAGGCCAGCGGUCAACAUCCGAUUAGAUGAGCGAUUUUUCUUAACCGUGGUCAUAUAUAUUAUACACACAUAUAUAUAUAUAUAUUAUUUCCAUCAUUGUGAGAGGAAAGAAAUGUGAUCGUAUGUCAAUGGAGUAACGGGGAUGUGAAAAAGCUUGCGUGAAAAUCGUAUAAAAACACCGUACGUGUACCAGUAGACACACCACACACACAAACAUACAUACAUAAAGAGGGACAAACACACCGUAUGAUGGCGAGGAAUUACCUAAGAAGAGUUAUUAUACAUACGAUGAUAACGAGACAUGUGUAAACGGAGGAUAAUUCGUACAUUCCAUAUUAAGUUCGUUCAAUGCAGGCAAGCGGGCGUUUAAAAGGAAAAAAAAGAAACAAAAUUCAACAAUUCGCUACGUCAACAUUCGUCGCGUUGGAUGGAUUGUCGAUUGGGAGCUGAUGAUCGCAUCCCUCGCGUGUGUCACAAUCUUUCGAGCACCACCUCUCCCUUGAAAUUUUGAUUACAGAAACGAAAGAUGUAGAUGGAUAGAAAAAGAGAGAGAGAGAGAGAGAGCGAAACCUGAAGAAAACGCCCGCUUGCCAUCUUUUUGACUGUGCAGUAUUUUCUACCUAAGAGAAACAAGCUCAAUGUAUAGGCGCAUUUCCCCAGCAGAAAAGGAAACACGAGGUAUCAUCGAGAAAAUUGAAUUAAUAAAAUUUAAAGAAAAUUGCAUGUGAAUCGAAGAAACGAGUUAACAACAUUGUAUUCUCGCUUUGAAAAUGCACCUAUAUAUAUAUAUAUAUAUAUACAUACAUGUAUGUCUCAAGAUUACCGGAAACACUAUACAUAGACUCGACGUCAUCGUCGAGGAAGAAUGGAAGGGCAAGAUGCGGAAGAAAAAUUAAGAUUUUUCGAAAAUUCGCGCGUACACAAUCAUCGCGACGCUAUAAAAAGAAAUAUAAUGCACGAGCGAGCCGGGGAGCGGUGGUGGUGGUUUGUUUAUCUUUUCUUCUUCUUUUUUUUUUUCAACGUCACUUUACGCUUCACGAACAAAAUGCAGGCACAUUUAAAAAAAAAAAGAUUUUAAUCGCCAAAUUAUCUUUCUUCCCCUCCCCCCUCCCCCCGCGCAUCUCUCCCUAUUUUUCCUGUAUUUUAAUAUGUAACACAUUGAAGCACACAUACACACAAAAAUGAUUAUGUAUCGAGACAAAAAAAAACGGAUUCGGAAUUUAAUUAUAGUUGUGCGCGCGCGUGUGAUGUAUAUACAUACCACCACGAUGCUUCACGCUACGAUAAUUAAAAUUUAGGCUAGAUUAGGUAUUGUUGUAUACCAAAACCUCGUGUAGCUGAGUGAACGCGAUAAUUAUUCAAAUAUAUAUAUAAUGAAAGGAUGCGAAGACGUAUGAGCGAGCGAGAGGGUGAGAGAAAGAAUGAUCGAAAGAGUACAUGAGAGAAAGAGAGAGAGAGAGAGAGAGGGAAUGCAUGAGAAUGAAAGAUAGAUGCACUUGGUAGAGGGAGUAGAGAGAGAGAGAGAGAGAGAGAGACACCACCACCCCAUCCCCGCCCUCGCCCAACCCCCAACUCUAUUAUCUUCCAGUGUUACUAAUAGACUCAUUGUUGAGCGCGAAAAAGUGAUACUGAUCGACGAUGAUUAUUUAUGUUAUAAUUCGUCCUCGAUGUUACAGAGAAACCGUGUUUAAUAAAAAUUUCAUUUGGACAAAAAAAAACAAAAGCGGUAUCACUCAACCAGUCAUUGGAGAUUUCACCUGGAGUGCGCCUGAUCCGAAGAGUGAGCGGCUCGGAUUCCAAACGACUAGAUUCUUCCGAGGCCGGCGAAUAAGAAAAAAAAUGUCGAAGCAAAGAUCUGUCACUUUUGUUCUCGCUUAAUUUAUUCGCAUGUCAAUAUAAUUUGUCGAGGAGCAAA